AGCUUCGGAGAGGAGCUGAACACACACACUCUCUCACACUCGCUCACACACUCUCACACACUCUCACACACACCUGGAUGGACUGAACAAAAAGAAGAAGGAGAAAAACAGCAGGACGAGCGAAUGUGGAACUGAUAUAUUCGUGUAAAGAAGCAGAAUUUUGAAGACAUUGUUUCUGCUGGAGAGAGAAACAGAGCGGCGGUCAUGCAGCAUUACGGGGUUAACGGCUACUCCCUGCACGCGAUGAACUCUCUGAGCGCCAUGUAUAACCUCCACCAGCAGGCGGCGCAGCAGGCGCAGCACACCGCCGACUACAGACCGUCAGUGCACGCGCUCACACUGGCCGAAAGACUGGCAGGUCCCACGCUGUUAGACAUCAUCCUGGAGGCUCGAUACGGCUCGCAGCACCGCAAGCAGCGGCGCAGCCGCACGGCCUUCACCGCGCAGCAGCUCGAGGCGCUGGAGAAGACCUUCCAGAAGACGCACUACCCGGACGUGGUGAUGCGCGAGCGCCUGGCCAUGUGCACCAACCUGCCCGAGGCGCGCGUGCAGGUUUGGUUCAAGAACCGCCGGGCGAAGUUCCGUAAGAAGCAGCGCAGCCUGCAGAAGGAGCAGCUGCAGAAGCAGAAAGAAGCAUCCCCCGACGGAGAUCUGGGAACCAGUGAGAAGAACGAGUCUCCCUCCACCAUCAGCCUGGAGAACCCACUGCCUCCUUCAUCCUCCUCCUCCUCUUCCUCCUCCUCCAUGGAGGCUGAGGGGCCGCAGCAUGCUUUAGGCUCGGAGCUGAGCGUGGAGCUGAACGUCACCUCAGCCGAGCAGUCGGGGAGCGAGUCCGCCACGGAGGACAACACCACGGACCGGGAGGAGGAGCUGAAGCCUCAGAGAGACGAGCUGAAGGCCGAGAAGCUGCAGUCUGGAGCGCAGUCGCCCGCCUGCAAGCGCCUCAGCCCUAAACCAGAUUCUCCCCUCAGCUCUCCGGUGAUCGCGUCCUCGUCCGCUGGAGUCAGCGGGGUCUCCCAGAGCCACUCGUACUCCUCCUCCCCUCUCAGCCUCUUCCGGUUACAGGAGCAGUUCCGUCAGCACAUGGCCGCCACCAACAAUCUGGUGCACUACCCAUCCUUCGACAUGGCGACCCCCUCCUCCAUCCCCUACUUGGGCAUGAACGUCAACAUGCCGGCACCGCUGGGCUCACUGCCCUGCCAGUCUUACUACCAGUCCCUGUCUCACCACGCCCAGCAGGUGUGGAACAGCCCCCUGCUCCAGGCCUCGGCCAGCCUGCCCAGCCACAACAGCAAAACCACCAGCAUCGAGAACCUGCGCCUCCGGGCCAAGCAGCACGCCGCCUCGCUGGGGCUGGACACGCUGCCCAACUGAAACUGACCCAGAUGAGCAAGGACUGCCCGAACAAAGGAGCGCUUGGCUGGGCCAGCUAACCUGCCGCCAGGAACUCCUCCUGCUGAAAAAUGUACAAAAUAGCACAUCUGGGCUGCCAUAAAAGACUGGCUUGUGUGUUGUAUUCGCUGUCUUUGAUUUCUGAGCAAAGCCUCGUUCCCAAUGUUGAGAGAAAUUUCAGAACUAUUUGUGGAUUUUGUUUGGUCACCAUUCACUGAGAACACUGCAGCUCUUUUUAAAAAAAACAAAAACAAAAAAACAAACAAUUAAGCAAAAGGUACAAUAAGCGCAGUCUCUUGAAACAUGGCCUGUGAGCGCAACGGCUUCGGCGAGCAAGGGCGUGAGUUCAUGUGACAGGUAUGCGCCAAUGUUACCUACUGUACCUUCAAAACGUCUCGUUAACGCUGACACUUCCUCACCUUCAUCCAUCUUAAAUGGGCACACCUGUUUAACUAUAGCACUUUUAAUAGAAGAGCUUAGUGCCUUGCAUGCACUGAGGCAGUCUGUACACCGUAAUUCAAUUAGUCUAGUGCUCAAAUUACACAUUACAUAAUUCCAUACGUACAAUGUAAAUCCCUGCCUUGUAACACCAAAUUGCUUAAUUAAACCUGACUAAUUUACCUGUUUAAUGGGCAGCGUUGAACGCCGUUAAACCAGAACAGCUGGGGUAAUAAGAAAAAAACGACUGCAGUGAGUAGCCUACAUCAGCAAAGCUUUUAAUUACGUUUAGCCUUGGGCUGAGGAAGAAAUGCAAUUACAGACCGCGCAUAUCGUUUGAGACUGCCGUGUAUCUAUGGGAGAAAAAUAAGCACAAGUGCUGCUUUUCGCAAAUGCAUGUAAGCGAAGUGACACAGAAGGGAUGUGAACUGGAUCUGAACGUCAAAAAGCAAAAACGUACGCUGCGUUUUAUUUGCAUCGACCCACAAGACGUGGUUUGGCAGUGUUUAUUACUGUUUGAGCUUUUAUUUAUUUUGUUUUGUCUUUGGUCCCUUUGUCCGUGUGGCGGAAGCACUUCUUCCAUGUAGAACGCACUUCCCGGGAAGGCAGCUCCGCUCCUCAGUUUCGCUCGUUCUUCUCACCGAUCGACUCCCAUCGUGUUUGUAAACUAUUUUAAUAUGUAAAUUACACAAAGUCUUUAUCUAUAAAUGUUUACUGGUAAGGCAGAUGUUCUAUGUUUUAGGUUGAGAAGAAUCUAACCACCUCCCCGUGACGAUUCUCGUAGCUGUCCGUUGUAAGACUGUAAUUGGUUGGACGGUAACGUUAGUACAUCUUUCCCCUCCGCUGGAUUAUUUAAUCUCCAACUGGUCUGGUCGUAAAUGUAAAGCUCCUCCGAGUUGGUUUCCAUUGUUGCUGUGGUCAUCGAGUUGUAAUCGCUCCCACUGUUUCCAUCGCGAGUGCACCUGUAGCGUAUGUACUGGUGGAGGGUGAUUCAGAAGAACUCUCUGUUACGACUGUAGGCUUGAAUACUUGUAAAAUAAGUUCUCAAUAAAACAUUGCUUGGAGAUCUUUA